AUUGCCAAAGUGAAGCAAGUUUCAGUAUCGUCGCGUCGUUGAUAAAGUUUUUUCUAUUCGCGAGAUUUUUAUAUCGUGUAACUAAUUUCGUUGAUGUCUUUCAAUAUUGUUAAGUUUUUUGAAUGUUUUAUUUAGAAAGGGAGACAAAUAAUUCAUAGAUAUAUUUUGUGCCGUGUAAAGUGAUUUUAUUAGGAAGGAAUACACAAAUAAUUUCAUCAAAGAGGGAGAUCGAAAAAGUAUGAAUUUCGUUCGACACGAAUCGUAAGGAUAAGAUGGCCACAAUCAAAAUGAGAAAAAAGCCAACAUAUUGGCUUGAGUCCUAAAAUGGAAAGGAGAAAAUCCUUUAAGAGACAAAAGAGAUAUAGACGACCGUGGCUGAAAAAAUGCAAAGAAUUUUUAAGACAAUUUAUCGCUUUUUUGUUCAGCAAUCUUGGGAUUAUUUUAUUAGUGGUAGGAUAUACUAUAGCAGGAUCUUUCAUUUUCAUGGCUAUAGAAGGAAAGCAGCCGCUGAAAAUGAAAGAAGAACUGAAGAACAACAGAUCUAAAUACGCCGAUGAAUUGUGGAACAUAACUUAUGAGCUAAAUAAGAAGAUAUUGGACGAGAAAGAAUAUCAUAAACGUAUUUCAGAAGUUCUGGAAAAAUAUCAAACUAUUAUAGUUAAAUUCAUCAAGAAAGGAUACGAUGGGACUGAUGACGCAGAUUCUUCUAGUCAGUGGAGUUUUGCUGGUGCUUUUCUAUAUUCCUUAACUGUGAUAACUACAAUUGGAUAUGGAAAUAUUUACCCUAGAACUCUUCAGGGUAAGAUUGCAACUAUAGUCUAUGCUAUAAUCGGUAUGCCCCUUUUCCUACUAUACCUUUCCAAUAUUGGCGACAUAAUGGCCAGAUCAUUCAAAUGGAUCUAUGCCAAGUGUUGUCUCUGCAGAUGUUGUCCGGGCGUAGCAAGGAGAAGAGCUAUAAGGGCUCUUCGAAGGGAAGAGAGGAUGCAAGUUGAUUAUGUUUGUGACGAUGAAAAAGAAAGUGAAGCAUCUAGUGGAAGUGGUAAGACUUCCGUUCCACCUUUGGGACCAAGAGAAUCUAUAUUAAGUGAAACAUAUACUAUAGACAUCGAAGAAGAUGAUGUUCAAAACAUUCCAGUACCAGUUACAGUUUGCUUAACGAUCAUGGUAGGCUACAUAUGCAGUGGAGCUCUACUCUUUUGUAAAUGGGAAGAUCAUUGGUCUUUCAUGGAUGCCUCCUAUUUUUGUUUCAUUUCGUUAAGUACAAUUGGAUUUGGAGAUUUGGUUCCGGGAGAUAAAAUUUAUGGAAGAGGAAGAGAUUUUUAUACGGAAGUCUUAGAACUCAGCUUCGUAUUUUGUUCGAUAUAUCUCAUGCUUGGAAUGGCAUUGAUUGCAAUGUGCUUCAAUUUGAUGCAGGAGGAAGUAAUCAACAAAAUACAAAUAACCAUUCGCACAGUGAAAUACAUUCUGCGAUGUAACAGAUGACGAUCGCAGGAUCAAAUAUAUACAUUUUUCGUCAACGUCGACUAGACCGCCUGCGGAUUGUUGGAAACAAAUUCAAAAAAAAAAGAGCGCAGUCACGUUGGUGACAAUGAACCUGGGAUGGAUUGGUCGAGCGAGAGGGAUCCAUCACGAAAUAAAAAUAAGUUUCGUUGUUAAGAAGAUAAUGGCUGCGGAUAGAGCAUGAAAAUGCUGUAAAUGAAAAUGAUUCCAAUAAGAAUUGUUAAUUUAUUAAGAGUGAAAUGGUAAAACAUGGAAAAUAUUUGAUUGAUUUUAUUGAAAUUAUAUUGUUAGUUUAUUCAUUUUUGUUAAAAAUUAUUUACAGAAAAUAAAUUUUUGAAUACUUAG